AUGGCAGUACACAGCUGCGCGACGCCGUUCGACCUGGCGAAGUUGGCGGCAGCGGACUGCAAAUGCAGUGUCAAGGUGGAAGUGGACUUACUUGUUUAUCAGCAGCAAGGCUUGCAACAAGGGCCGCAGCAGGGUGCACAGCACGGGACACAGCACGGCACACAGCACGGGACACAGCAAGGCACACAGCACGGCGCGCAGGGCACGCAGCACGGCCCGCAGCAGGGGCCGCAGCAAGGGCCGCAGCAGGGGCCACAGCAGGGACCGCAACUGCAAACAAAGGGAGCAAUUAUCAGCAGUCAGCAUUCAAACGGCGAAGUACACAACACCGGCCAUACCAGGGGAGUCCACAGGGGCCACAGCACGGACCGUAACUACAACAAAAACUGUCAGCAAGGGACUCAGCAGCAUGGCAUAUAUGACAUAUGGUAUGGCACACAGCAGGAGCCACACAGCAUGGACUACAACUACAAUGUGAGCACACUUUCAACAGUCAGCACAGAAUACAUCAAAACAUGCAGCAAAGAAGACAGCAGAGGUACCAACAAGAGCCAUAAUAUUGACCGCACUGGCAGUAACCGCAAAUGGCACCGAUUACACUGUCAACAGUCAGGACAGGGCACAGCAAGGCAGAAGGCGUGGGCUUCAGCAGGGAAGACGGCAACUACAAAGAGCACGUGUACACUGUCAGCUGUCAGCAAGGGACUCGGCAGCACAUCAUGUGGCACAGUGCGCAGCAGGGGCCACAGUACUGAGUACAACUACAAACAAUGA